GGAGUAGGGGAUCAGCACUCAGCGGCAGAUAGAGGAGUGACACGGAAGGAGCCUGGUUUGUUUUGGUGUCACAGGGGCCGAGGGGAGGUUAACUUCAAUUUUUAGACAGGAGUGUGGUCUUUGAAAUGACUUUCCUCCAGCGAUUCUCGAGCGCUCGCCGCCUAAUGUUUGUAAACAAAGACGAGCAAUGCGGAGGGAUGUUCAGAAUCUCCAGUUUAGCAGCACUCGUGAAUAAUGUUCAUUACUUUUAGACGUCCACUGUCAUCGAGGGUGAUACGGUGGAGGCCUAGUCAUCCAUCUGACCAUACACACAUGCAGAGGAAGCUUGGGCAUGAUGGCUGAAGGUGAUAUUGUGGAGAACUUCUUUGGAGUGUACCUACUGUUCUGCACCAACCCAAAGUACAAAGGUCGCACCUACAUUGGCUACACCGUGAAUCCAAGCAGGCGACUCAAGCAGCACAACAGAGGGACCAAAGCAGGUGGUGCCUGGAGGACCAGCAACAAGGGGCCAUGGGAAAUGGUACUGCUUGUUCAUGGAUUUCCAAAUGACAUAUCAGCUCUUGGUUUUGAAUGGGCGUGGCAGCAUCCUCACAGGAGUCGCCGCUUACGCACUGUUACUCACAAGAAGGCCAAGGAGCAAAAAUAUGCCUUCUGCUUACGAGUCCUGGGCAACAUGCUUCGGACAAGGCCUUGGUGUCGCCUGCCACUCACCCUGCGCUGGAUAAAGCCAGAGUACAUCAGAGACUUUCCACCAGGGCUAGAGCCACCUGUGCACAUUCCUAUUGCAUACGGGCCUGUCAAACCUGUGAAGGUGAAGAAGCCGGCAGAAAAUAAAUCAGAUGAUGAUAUUGAGGAAAUGCAAGCAUGCACCCUAUGUAAGAACGUGGUGGAAGAAGUUGAUAAAAUGAGAUGUCUGUCCUCAUCCUGCCUUCUGGUUGCCCACAUGAAGUGUUUGGCACAUGAAAUGCUAAAAGAUGAUAUUCCUGAAAUGUUGGUGCCACUGGAGGGUUGCUGCCCGAGCUGUGGCAUCCCUGUGCUGUGGGGAGACUUGGUCAGGUUGAAACGAGGUUGCUACCAACAGAAGGAGUCAGGUAGUGAUGAUGAAGACUGGGUUGAUAGUCUUUCACAGGCUACCUAAGAAUUCAGGCUGAGAUGUCUUUAAGUGGAGCAGUCUCUUGUGGAAAAAAAGGGAAGUUUCCUUCUCCCCAUCAGCCUGAUGUGAGGGGAAUACAGUGGCACUGUGUUUACUAGGCAAGCCACAGAGUGUGCAACUGGGCCAUUCACCCUGAAACAAGGGAGCCAUAGAUCUGAAAAAAAAAGAAAAAGAAAAAAAACAGCAGAAGAGUUCUUUAGCUCUUCAAGUGGAGUAAAAAAAAAAAAGAUAAGAAAUCGGAUUCAGCCUUGUAAAAGCAAAUAUGACAAUCAUGAAUGUUCAUAAUCAUAGUUCCCUUUACUUUUAAUUUACUUAAAGUUUACAUUUGCUUAUGUUAUAUGCAAUAUUUUAUUUAUUUACUUAUUUAUAUUUUUUUUUACUCUGUAUUACAUGUGAAUAGAAAAAAAAAAUAAUGUAAAUCUCUUUAAAAAUUUGAGUUGAACUGUAUUAUGACUUAGUACAAAGUUACUGUACCUGAGAACAGUACACAGAACACUUUAGCCACCCAGUCACUUGUUUUGGUGUGUGUCAGGAAAGGCGGAGUCUAGUAUUAUGGAAAGGCAGAUAUAGGGACAUGUCUAGUUAUGAAUGUAUUCAAAACAGAAAAUACCUAGUGUUGAAACUGCAUGAACAUAGACAGUUUUUUGAGUGUUCUAGAAAAUCAGGCAUCCGUGAUUUUUUUUCUUUUUUCUUUAUUUAUUUAUUUUUUUAAUGCAAGAGGAAUUUUAGCUUAGGGUAAAUAAUGAAGGUGCCAGUCCCAAAAGAAAAGAGUGCAGUCCAAAACAAGAGCAAUUAUAAAAUAGCUAUUCUUUUCCUGUUGAAAAUAAGGUUCACAUCUGUUGUUUGACUUGCAUAGUAUAUUAUUAUUAUUAUUAUUAUUAUUAUUAUUAUUAUUAUUAUUAUUAUCAUCAUCAUCAUCAUCAUCAUCAUCAUCAUCAUCAUCAUCAUCAUCAUCAUCACCAUCAUUAUCAUCAUCAUCAUCAUCAUCAUCAUCAUCAUCAUCAUCAUCAUCAUCAUCAUUAUUGUUAUUAUUAUUAUUAUUAUUAUUAUUAUUAUUAUUAUUAUUAUUAUUAUUAUUAUUAUUAUUAUUAUUAUUAUUAUUAUAGUUUUGCCUCUCAUGGGAUAUAUUAAGUAAAAUUCUAUCCUAGUUAGUUAAUUGGCAGGUGUGUAGGAAUGUAGUGUUAUAAUUAAAAGCUAAAAUUAAGCAAAGUUGGUUUGCACUACUCAGAACCAGUGUACAGUGUGGUCAACCAUAUGCCUGUGCUUCCCAUAGUAUAGCCUCAUGAGGUGAAGUUGUAAUGCAACUCUGCGCGGGAAAGGAAGCACUCAGAGGAUAGUUAUGAGUAUGAAGGAUGUGUAGUGUGGUGGCAGUGUAGGACAUUUACCUCUCUCUCCCUCUUGGACCUUUUACUCACCUAAUUCUCCUCGACACUCCCUUUCUCCGGGACGUAAUUCUCUCAUGAACAUUUCCUUCUUCGGGUAUUUUCUUCCUCGUGGACCUUUCCGUUCUCUUAAUCAUUUUCCCCCCAUGGACAUUUUAUCCUUUAGAUACUAUCUCUUUUAGCAUAUUUUUUCCCUCUACAUAGACAUGUCCCCUUCCCACAUUUUUCAUUUCUGGACAUCUUACCCUUUUUUUUUUUUUUUUUUUUUAUACCUAGACCCAACUUUUUCCUUCCCUCCUUGACAUUUUUCCCUCCAGACAUUUCUUCUUCCAGCCAUUUUCCUUCGCUUCUGGAUAUUUUUACCUCAGAUCAUUUUCUCAUCAAGCCCUUUUCCCUCCCUCGACAUUUUUUUUUUUUUUUUUACCGUCUAAACAUUUCUUAUUCCAGCCUUUUCUCUCUCCUUGACAUUUUCCCCUCUAGACAUUUCCUCUUCCAACCAUUUACCGUCUCUACUGACUCUUCAGAUAUUUCUCCCUCCUACUCAUUUCCCUCAUUAACUUGGGGAAGUUUAAAGUGACUGUAUUGGCAGUAUGUGUGGAAUGCUGAAGCGUGAAGGAAACGAUAAGUUAACGAACCGGAUUCCUAAACAUUUCGUUAGCGUAUCCUUUACAUUUAACAGGCUGAUCCGGAAGUUAUUUGAAUGUUCAGAGGUGUUUUCACGGUUGUAGUGAUAGUUGAAGAAGGACUCGACACCAUCAAUAGGAAAUACACUCAACACGACAUAUCAUUUGUUUGAUCUUUGAAAACAGUCCUGGAGAGAGAGAGAGAGAGAGAGAGAGAGGAGAGAGAGAGAGAGAAAGCGGACCAAGUACAUCAAGGAACGGUUCUGUCUUAAUUCGAUCUGAUAAAUUUAUUAAGAUAAAGAAUGAGUCAAUAAAAUAUUUCCCAUUUUAAAAGGAUGAUGGUACGUACUCGUAGGUAUUCUUUGUCCUGAGCUAUGUUGGGAGAGGAGCGCAUUUUGAUGAAGGAACCUUGUGAUGGAGCAAGGAUUUUCAACCAAGAUGCCACGAAGCAACUGUAGUUGUGCCACGGGAAUUCGAAAAGGAAGAUUGAUCCUCCUUCAAAUAACGUGUACGUGGCAAAUGUGACGUCCAUGGGUAUGACACCGGCAUGUGUUACAGCUUAAAGACAAUGUAUUUAAUUAAUUGUGAAUUUAUAUAGUACUCUAUUUGUGGGGGCAUACCACACUGUAUGUACGAACUGGUAACCCUUAUUCCGCCGGGCGUAUCAAGGUUCAUUACCAUACAUUAGUUCCACUUUUAAAAUUAAUAGUGUUGGUGUGCCUCGCCCAUUUUAGCGCCAACUCGUUGUGCCGUGAGAUGAAAACGUUGAAAACGGUGAUAGAAGAAGUAAGGGCGCACACGCUGCCCUCGGCGAUCACUCUGUCUUAAGGGGAUGCUAAUUUAUAUCUUUGCUAUAUCGCGAGAAACAGGGAAAGGGCAACAGAAAGCAUUUUGGUGGAGGGAAAAUGUGAUGGAGGCAGCGUGCAACGUCUUCGAUAAUAUAUUUUAGGGAAUGGCAGUUUUUAUCCUUGAAACUUGUUAGUCCAGAUUCAGUAUAAAGCUUUAGGAGAUUAGGCAAAUUUAUGGGCAGGGAUGAUUGGUGGAUGUAGAUUAUGUAUUAUGAAGGGACUGCCACAUGUAGGCCUACUGGCGUCUGGCUUCUUGUACUUACCUUCUUUCAUGCUCUCCGGUAACAGUAGAGAAGUCAAGACUAAUAAUAGGUGGCAAAAAAAAAAAAAUAAAAUAAAAUAAAAAUAAAAAUAAAUAAAAUAAAUAAAUAAAUAAAAAUAAAUAAGAUAAAAUAAAAUAAAUGAAUAAAUAAAUAAAAUAAAUAAAUAGAUAAAUGAAAAUAAAAUAAAUAAUAAUAAUAGCAAAGCAAGUCUGAUGUAAAGAGGUGAAAUAAUUACACUUUACAUUUAUAAUGUGGCCGAGAAAUGGUGAAACAUUUAUUAUGUGCCGUCGACGAAUGGAUAAGUUGAUAAAAAAAAAAAAAAAAAACUAAGCGUUCAUCUAAGAAAAAGGAAAUUACUUAAAUUUACGACACUCAUUUGUUAAGUGGAUACUUAUGUGGAUGUACUAAAAGAAUGACGCACUAGUAUUUUAUAUCGCCUCAUGUCACCUAUGUAUGAUUUGAUUUACCAUAGCACCUACUUUUAAUCCGUAGAAAUAUGUGAUUGUACCAAAAGAAUUACGCACUAUGUAGUUUUAUAUACUACCUUAAGUCACCUGGUAUGUACGGUUUCAUUUCCCAUAGCAGCAUAGCAGCUACCUACCAGUACAUAUACGUAACCAGCACGUAUGGACACUCACCUGUUGGUCUUAUCUUUAAUCAUUAUCACCUGCCAGAACCUACCUCAAGCCGGCAUCUCAGGAACUCACUGAAGAAAGAGAAAAAAGAGAGAGAGAGAGAGAGAGAGAGAGAGAGAGAGAGAGAGAGAGAGAGAGAGAGAGAGAGAGAGAGAGAGAGAGAGAGAGAGAAUAAGGGCUCUAAAUUUUGUUGUGUGACGAGGCAGUCUGUAAUCCUGCAAUAUAUCAGCGGGAGGUAGAAGAACGCCAUUAAUCAGGCCUAUAAAUACUACACGACUGGCUGGCUGUUGCUGCUGUUCAGGUUGUGUGUGUGUGUGUGUGUGUGUGUGUGCUGAGUGGUGGUGAAGAGGAGGAGGGGGAGGGAGGGGACGGGAUUAUAUAUCAGUUGUUGGCAGGGGUGUGUUCUUCAAGGAGCAACCUAAUACACUCAUGGGGCCGUGUGUGUGUGUGUGUGUGUGUGUGUGUGUGUGUGUGUGUGUGUGUGUCUCUGCUGCGGUCAGGGGGGGGUGGGGACAGGUGUAAAUGUGAACAACAAUAACAACAACAAUAACUACUACUACUACUACUACAGGCAGUCAUUAGCUCGCAGAUAUAUCAAGGACACUGAUAAGGGUUACUUUAAAACUUGCGAGUCGAAAUUAAAACCUUAUAGUAAAGGGAGGAAAGAGAGAAAAUACUCGAACAAAAUAAAGCAAAAAAAAAAAAAAAAAGAAUAAAUAAAUAAAGACUAAUAAAUUGACUUUGUACUUAACCAUGCACAAAAUUGUGGGAAAAAUGCCAAAUAAGAUUUUUGGCGUGAGUUUAAAAUUGUGUAUGUUAUGUGAGUUGUCACGACAGGAAUAUCAGCUUCUGUACGAGACGGUUAUGUAAGAUAGGUAACUUAGUAACGCCCACGGUGAGGAGGAAAAGAAGAAUUACUAACACUCGGGAUUAGGAAGGAAGGAGGGAAUGAUGGAAGGAAGGAAGGCUUGCUGACACUCGAGGUUAGGAAGGAAGGAAGGCUUAUUAACGUUCGGUAUAAGGAAGGAUGAGGGGAAGGAAUGAUUAUUGACAUUUGAAAUUAGAAAUAAAUUGAAGGAAAGGAAGGAGGAAAGGAUUACUAACGUGCGGGAUUAGGAAGGAAGGAAGGAGGAAAAGAUGGUCUACUAACACUUGUGAUGAGGAAGGAAGGAUGAAGGGAAGGAAAGAUUACUAACACUCGAGAUCAGGAAGGAUGGAAGAAAUUAUUACUAAUGCUUAGGGCGAAAAAAGGGAAGAAAGAGGGAAAGAAGGAAGAAAGAAAGAAGUAUAGAUAUCCGGUGAAGAGGGUGAAGAUGGUGAGACAAACAUACAGACACUAAAACAUAAAUAAAUAAAAUAAAAUAAAUAAAUAAAUAAAAUUCAAUUAAAUUCAAUAAUAAAAUCUGGAAAAUUUGCCGCGAAUAUUGGACGAGAGAGAGAGAGAGAGAGAGAGAGAGAGAGAGAGAGAGAGCGAGAGGAGGAGAGAGAGAGAGAGAGAGAGAGAGAGAGAAACGCGUUCACACAAACAAUAUUAGUUCCUUGUUACACCAGUUAGGUUUGCGCCAUUUUUCUGCAUAAAUAUUUUUUCCUCUACCUACGAUUUUUUACCGAUGCCUUUCCUAUCCCUUCCCUUUGCGUGAUCACCUUUACAUUCGUGUUUAUGUAUCAAUGAUCCCUGUCCUGAUUCACACGCUAAUCGAACAAUGGGUGCUGCUUUUUUCAUGUAAGAGAAGCACUGGUAUAGGGCAACAAAAAUAAUAACGACAAUAAUAUUAAUAAAUGAAAAAAAAAAAGUUAAAAUAAAUCAAAAGAAUGUGCCAGCUUCAAUAGAGUAAUCAAAAAGAAAGAAAAAAAAACUCGAAAUUUGAGAAGUGUCUUGAAAUCUCACUCUUAAAACAGUUUAAGUCAAAGGUAGGAGGGAAAAAGAAGCAGACAGGAAGUUCCAAAGUUUACCAGUGUCAUUCUUCUCUUAUCGAUCCAGCUCUUCAGCCUCCGAAUGUUAUUGAUAAUAAGACAUUAGCUACCUGAUUAUCUUGGACGGUUUUACAGACUAAGGUUAGAAUUCUGCGUACUAAAAAAAAAAAAAAACUAUUCGAUCAUAGUUGUCAGUCUGUGGUAUCUUUCGAAAGUAUAGUCCGAGCUUGCAUCAGAGUAUUUUAUUAAGUGAAAGUGUUCGACAGUGGUGGGGAGAGAGCGAGAAAGAAAUGGAUGAGGGGAAAAUAAAGAAAAUUAAAAUAAAGGGAAAUGGAAGGACAAGAGAGAGAGAGAGAGAGAGAGAGAGAGAGAGAGAGAGAGAGAGAGAGAGAGAGAGAGAGAGAGAGAGAGAGAGAGAGAGAGAAUCAAACUACCGACCGACAGACGGACACACACACACACACACACACACACACACACACACACACACACACACACACACACACACACACAGACGUGCGCGCGCGCGCGCGCGGACAGGCAAGCAGAAGAGAGCCAUAAAGGAGACAGUAAGUGCAGGAUACAUUGGGGAAUAACAGCCCCGCUCAUCUUCACCAAAUGUCUUGUUGGUGAAAUGGGAAUGAUGAACCACAGACACUGUUACUUUGAGGGUACGUUACCAGGGGCGUGAGGGACGGUACGUGUGUGUGUGUGUGUGUAUGUGUGUGUGUAUGUGUGUGUGUGUGUGUGUGUGUGUGUGU